AUGUCUCAGUUAUUAUUAUUUUUUGGUCAAGGGAGGGACCCUGAGAAUAAAGGAUCCGAACCUCAUGGACUACAUAAUGGACACUUUAAGGCGGCUAUCCAGUCUCCAUCUAUAGCGUACUGUGAUGCCCUCUUCCGGAACAUUCCUCUCACCACAGGGUUUGUUCCUCUUCAACGGCAAAACCUGAUGAACUGUGCCAUUGAAAAGAAGCCGGGAGACUUCCGCCUAUUUAAAAUGCGCACCAUCCAGCUGAUGAAUUCCAAGGCCCAGGCAAACAAUAAGAAGGCGGGCCGUACAGCCAUGCAAUUUGCCAAAGCGCACUCCUUGAUAUCCGACGGGCAAUGCGGCUCACGCAAACGUCAUCAAGCAAUUGACCUGGCCUUGUCUAAACCAUUAGUGUGGGAUCUACUGAUCCUUCAACGCCGCGCAGCGGGGUGGAUCUUGAACAAUGCAAAGUCCUGCUUUGACCGUGUUGUCCACUGGGUGGCCAUUGUCACAAUGUUGCGGUUUGGCUUGACAUGGCGUGUCCUAUCAUCGAUGUUCAACAUGCUCUCCUCCACUACCCACCGUGUUUGCACAGGUUUUGGUGACUCCAAGAGAAGCUUUCGCCCUCCAUCAGCGGUGCCAUUCCAAGGUUGUGGGCAAGGGAAUGGUGCUGGACCCCCCAUUUGGAUCUCAGUGAGCUUGGUGUUAAUCACAAUGAUGGAAGCAAUGGGCUAUGGAUUUGAGUGUCUUUCGGCGUUAGAGUCACAACUAGUGACAGCCCAAUGUUUCUGUUUUGUUGACAAUACGGAUGUAAUUGAAGCAGGUGGCACGAAUCAUCACUCUGGGGAGGAUAUUUGCGCCUCAGUUCAGGCUGCUGCCACCUUGUGGCCGGGGGAAAUUUGGGCAACAGGUGGUGCAAUCAAUCCGGAGAAGUCCUUCUGGUGGCUUAUCGACUUUGAAUGGGAUGCUUGCAAUGAUCAGUGGAGAUUCUGUAGGAAAGGCUCCGCGGCACCGGAAUUUGACCUAAAGAUACCAGGGUUAUACGGGGACAUUGAACCCCUUUGUUGCCUUGAACCAGAUGAUUCCGAACGUACUCUAGGGGUGAUGCUGUCGCCACUGGAAAAUCACAAGGCACAGGAGGCAUAG